UCCGCUGUGGAUGACAUGCGCUGCAACAUGACGUGUCCUCUAGUGAUUGCGGAUACACACUUCGCCUACUGUGGAGGGGAAAGCAACCAGGAAUCUAUCUAUCUAACUAUAUCUAGCUACUGCUAUACGGACUUCAACGUGACGGGAAUCCCGACAUUUGCGGUUUCUGGUAACACUGAACUGACCUGCCAACAACGCUGUCUUGCUGAAAACGGUUUUUACUCUAUUGUUUGGGACAAAGAGUGUGCAUGUACCAAUAAAUCGAACAUACAGGGAACAGCCAUCGCGUUUAAAUGCGAUGAUGCGAAUCCUUAUAAUGGCACAUUAUAUGCCCUGAAAACCAUGUUUGAUAUGAAUCUGGAUUAUGAAAGUUGUGAGCAAUUGUACGAAGCUGGUGUGAAGGAUAACGGGUAUUACAGCCUGAAAUCGCAAGGAAGAGCGUUCUGUAACUUCAAAGAUGGGACAAUCUGUCCCUCGGGGUGGAUCGGUUAUAACAAUGACUGCUACUUGUUCCAAAAGGGCAACUUCACGUUUGUGGACGCAGUUCAAUAUUGUCAGCAGCUGAAUGCAACUGUGGCAUCUCUUCUGAAUUCUGGUCAAAAUUCCUUUGCCGCCUCAACAAUAAAAGGUUUUGAGGAAUACCAGGGAUCAACUACCCUUUCCAAAAAAUGGUUCACCGGGUUAUUUGACCCCAAUUCUUUAACUGCCUAUUCGUGGAAUGACGGGAAUUUGCUAACGGAACAGCAGUUUGCUGCCACUGAACCUGUAGACGAGACCCUUAACUGCGUCGUGCUGUUUGAAAAUGAUGGGCUAUGGUACAGCCACUCAUGCGCAGAUGCAACCAACGCUAUUUGCAAACUAUCAAGAGAAAACAUACGCUGCAUACACGAAGGAAGUGGCCUGGACAAUGUCACAUGGAAUGCAACACUUAAAGACAUGACACUGACAAUGUGUAUGCAGGCAUGCCUAGCCCGUAACGCACCUUUCUCCCUCGCUAGAAAUGAAACAUGCUACUGUGUUGGGGAUCUCCCUGCAGGCUCUUUGACGUCAUUUGCGAACUGUGACAGCAGAUGUCCGGCAAAUAGCCAGCAGAUGUGUGGAGGAACGGUGUCUGGGUACUACACCGCCGCCAAUUUAUCUAACACAACAAUGGCUACGUCAUGCGAGGACCUACAAUCACAGGGACUUACAGGAGACAAGUACAAACUGAGCGGUUUCGAUAAUUCAACCGUCUGUGAAAGCACAGGCUGUCCUUAUGCAUGGAUCAAAGGUAAUUCUAGUUGUUACAAGCUCAUGCUUGGGAAGAAAUCUUUCUUAGAUGCGAUGGUAUACUGUGCUAACCACAGCUCGCAUCUGCUUGUAAUUGAAACAGAAGAAGAGGAAACUUUUCUGAGCGAAGUCAUAGGAAACCUCACUUUUUAUAGUUCAAUCGAGCUCUGGACGUUCGGACUUCAAAUGACUGGGUCAUAUACGAAUCGCUUCUUCUGGGCAAAUGGUCAACGAGGUAACCCUUUAAUCAGAAAUAUAACGGAUACUGAAUUGCUGAAACGGGGCAUCUUCAAAUCACCAGCAGGGUAUUGGCGAUUAGGUGGCAGCACUAAUGAACGAAGUUACAUUUGUGAACAGAGUGAGGUGUAUGCAGGGUGUUUUCGUCGGCCCAACAGCUCGGUGACGGUGAUCCAGUAUGAGGCCUACUUGUCUGUGCAGCUGUGUGUGGAAAUCUGUCGUGGUAUAGGCUAUGACUACGCCCUGCUUCAGGACACUCGCUGUCUUUGCGACAAAACGCUUCCGAUUGAAAAAUACGAUUCGGGAUGCGCGGAAUUUUGCGGAAGCAUUCAGCCAUGUGGGUCGAAGUCCAAUGAUGCUGUAUCUGUCUAUAACAUAUGGUUGUACCCAUCCUACGACACAUGUACUUCUUUAUACGACCAAGGGAUAAUCCGGUCAGGGAUGUACCUUAUAGGCGGCGUCAAUACAACGUGUAACUUCUACGACAACUCUUCAUGUCCAACGAACGAAUGGAUUGGAUACAGAAACAAAUGUUACAUGUUUAUUGAGGAGGAACUAAAUCAAGACGAUUUGUACACCCGCUGUGCCUCGCUAGGGGGUCAUUUACUGACUGUCACUGAUGAGUCUGAACAUAACUUCCUACGUAUGGUUUUAAAAGGAAAUCCAAAGUAUGCUUACACUAAAAUACGACUUGGCUUGGUGGACCAGUUUGGUUUGGGUAUCACCACGUGGGCCACUGGGGCACUUCCAAGCUACUUCCCACGCCCAUUUCCGUCGUCAACCCUCACAUCCGUUGUCAUGAAGUUAAGUUCAAAAUCGGACUAUGGUUUCAUCAUGGACGACAAAUCCGCAACGACGUAUAGCUUCUGUGAACUCCAAACGCAACAUUUGGGCUGUUUUAGUGUACCAGUCACUAUUAACGCAACCAUGUCAGCUUACAAUAAUAUGGAGUUGACCCAGUGUAAGCAGAUAUGUAUGGGCUCCACUUCGCUACAAGGAUUCGCUCUUAUCCAGCAUUCGUCAUGUUACUGUACUGAAACCCUGCAGGGACUCACACCAGUUAACGGCUCCUCUUGUCAGGUUACCUGUCCAGGUAAUGCCUUACAGGUGUGCGGAGGAAAUGACGUUGUCAACGCCUAUAAACUAGAUACCAAAGACGUGGUCAGCUCUUGUUCCAGUCUGUACAGGGCUGGUGUGUGGCAUAAGGGUAUCUAUUUGAUAGGAAAUUCAACACAAGCAUGCGGCAGCCACUUAUUUGACAACACCGAAUGUCCCGAGAGUUGGUACGGCAAGGACGGGACUUGUUAUAAAUUUGCUUCAUCGGUGGCAAUGGAGUAUGCAGCUGCAGAAACUUCAUGCUUACAAAAUGGUGGAUAUCUGUUUUAUCCUGGAGCAUAUGAUGCUCGUCUAUUAUUCAUGGAAAUACUGCCCUAUAUUAACAACAACGUUGAUGGAUUCUGGACCUCUGUGAAGGAUGUACUGUUGACUUCUCACACGAGAGCCGGGGACGGAUGGAUGAUUACGAACAGCUCUGUAGUCGAUGAAAACAUUUACACUGUUUACAACCUGACCACUGGAUCACUUAUCGAACACUCCAAUGGGACAUUCGGAGUAAUAUGUGAAAAAUCAGCAGGCUACGUCGGAUGCAAAAAGAAUGAUACCAAGACCACCGCGAUCCUGUCCCCGUAUGUCCGAGAUGACAUGAGCGCCACGCAAUGUAUACAGUAUUGCAUGGCCUACCAAGCGGUAUAUAGCACCUUGCAGAAUAAAGAGUGUAGCUGUUAUAAUGCCACAGCCGUGUUUGAGACGUCCGACACUGCAUGUGAACCAUGCCCUGGAUACAGUGCCCAACCCUGUGGAUCCUCAUCAACGGCAGCAUUGUCGGUCUAUAAACUUUCACACUACGCCUCCAACCUGGCUUCUAGUUGUGUCCAGCUGUUUGAUUUUGGUGUCCAUAUGUAUGGCCAUUUCAUGAUUCAGCCCCAGGAUAAUGAUCCGAUCGUAUUGGCGUGCUUCCAAGAAGAAUUCAGUAUCAUAGUGGUUCCAAAAGCUUCGAUAACGGCCAGCUCUUCCAGAUCUCAGCACGUUCCUGCUUUGUCGAGUUUUACACAAGCGGUGAUUACCUCUGAUUCCGCAUGGAUUCCCGAUGAUAGCGGUGAUCCGAGUCCGUGGUUACAGCUGGACCUACCGUACGACUACCUCGUGACAGGGAUGCUCACUCUAGGACGUCCUGAUGCUGCGAACGAGCAAUGGUCGAAGACACUAGAGGUCAGAUACAAAAGUACGGUCGACUCGUCCUGGAAAUCCAUUGGUUCGUUUCCAGGAAAUACGGACAGAUCAAGUCUCCUCAUCACACUGUUUCCUAGUCCGUUUGUCUCCAAAUCCGUCCGCCUCUAUCCAGAUGGUGCAAAAAUCGCUCUCAGGGUGGCACUGUUGGGAUCGCUGAUGGCUCAUGUUGAUUACAGUAGUAUGUAUAUGGGAUGUUACCCCGUCUUCAACACAACCAGUUCAGCGUACGUCCAGCAUCACACCCCUAUAAUGUCUGAAGCGGAUUGUAGAACAACAUGUAGUAAUACGGUUCCUUUGUUUAGUUACAAUGCUAUAACGUUUAGAUGCAGUUGUCAUGCAAAGUUAGGUGGCAGACUGGCCCAAGAAGACUGCGAUAACUCAACGAAAGUCUACAGACUCUAUGAGGUAAAAUGUCAGCCACCAGACGCCGUAGAAGGAAGCGUCAACGAGACGACGUUUGUGCAUGUGUCGGGCCUGUUCACUGUGUCGUCCACGGUACAGUACACCUGUGACACUGGUCACGAGUUCUACAUGGAUAACACCAACAACAGGACCAUUACCUGUGGGGACGACUACCUAUGGCAAGGCGUGUUAGGCGACUACUGCAGGAUUAUCAGUUGUCCGGACUUCCCCCUUUUCAAUGGUACGGUCAGCACUUACAAUAGUACCUACAAUACUGAGGUAGUCUGCACGUGCAACGAGGGAUUCAGGAUGAUGAGCGGUAUGACACAAGAAGCAAUCAAAUGUCAGGCAGAUAAAACAUGGAAUAGUACCAUUCCUGUGUGUCAAGUGAUAGACUGUGGAACGCCUUUAGUUGUUGCUAACACAUUGUUGACGGAUAACGUGCACACGUAUGGGGCCAAUGUCACCUACACGUGCGUCAAUAGCAUGCGCUUUGCCGCAGACACGUACAGCCAGACUUCACAGUGCGGACUUGACGGCGAAUGGGAACCCUUCGCACUAGAAUGCACAACCUACAAGUGCAGCGAUCCCCCAACUAUCCAGCAGGCGACAACUGUCCGAAUCAACACAACUAUUGCCAUAUACGCUUGUUUUGGACACCAUUUCUUCUCCGAUGGCAGUGCAGUUAAAAACAUCACCUGCAACGACAGCUUUGUCUGGGAAGCCAUACCCGAAUGCAUCUACGAUGAUACUCUUGUCACCCAAAAGGGAGCCUCAAUCACUUUCAUCGACAUGAAACUUCGCCAGACCGCAUCGUCUGCCCUUGCGGUAGUACGGAGUGACAGUAACAUUGACUGUGGGGACCAGUGUUUGAGAAACAGUCGCUGUAAGGCCUUUAACUACAACAAUGCACAGACUGACGCCAACUGUAUACUGUUCAGUCAAAUGGCGGCAGGUGACGUUUUUGUAUCAGCAGUAGAUUGGUCCUAUUUUGAAUUAUAUGACGUCAUGUACCUUCCUUAGAAAUACGGUUAAGAAGAGCAAACACUUUCACCAGAACUUACACCUUCAACUGGAUCACGAUGAAUAGAGUACUAGCGAAUAUGUGCUGUUAUUUUUCUCUUUUAUAGUUCAUAGAUGACAAAUGACAACAUGGAGAUAUCUGUUUUUGUUAUGAGAGCUAUAGUUUCUUCAUCGUCAGACUAAUCAAAUGUAUAGAACACAACUAUAAUGAUUACAACCCUGAAUUGAACCAACAUGGUGUAUGCACACAAGAAUUAAAAAGAAAACUUAUAAUAUUCAGAUACUUCCCAAAACAUUUUGAAUGAUUAUGAAAUCUGGUAAUCAGAAUUUUAUUAACCCCGCCCUGUAGUUCGUAUAACAUCGAGCAUAGGGAAAGUAUGAAAUUGACAGUAAGAGUGUCAGAAAAAAACAGUACAUACCCGUCAGUGAUCAACAUUUCAUUUCCAAAAAAAGGAUGGUUGGGUUUAUAAGAACAGGAGAUGUCCAUCGUUAGUAAACCAAAGUAUAUGUGUGUUUUUAAGACCAAGAGCUGUUCAUCGUUUGCAAUCUACUAAUGUUUGUGCAAUAGAUGUAGUGUAAUCCUAUUACUAUCAAUAAUUAUGAGUUGGUGGUAAACGUUGAUACUAACUUGAUCCUACAUAUUUGAUUAUUAGAACACGGAUCCUGCAAACAGAAGGAAACAAUCCAUCCAACUGGUAAUGAUGCUAUAUAAAAUUAUAUAUGUAAGCAUAUGAUUCACCAGGCACCGAUUUUCCCUGAACUUCCUUAAGGAUUAAAUACAGAAGGUUAGUCAUGUACACACCAUUUUGUACAGAGAACGCUCUUUGCUACACAGCUCAAUGAGAGAAAAAAAAUGUAAAUACCAUGUACAUUGUAGUAUUUAUUUAUAUUGAUAGUAUCAAUGUUUCUAUGACAAUAAAAGAUUGGCCAUGUUUCUGCCUUUCAGUUGUGACUGAAGACAUUUCAUUAUGACCGCUCGGAGUUCAAAUUGCAGUUGAACCGUGUUUGUCUGGAUGCUUUGUUAAACAUCAAAACACCAACAGUGUCUGGAUCGAUGAUCUAAUAGUUUGUGUAGUUAGAAAUAAGAGCGAUACUUUCAGAAAGCACAUGUUACUGUUAAGGAAUCACUACCAAUUUAUCCGUGGCCUUGACAUUGUUUGGAUUUCGAGCCAAUCAUAGAGUGGUAGACAUUCAUUGAAUUAUGACAUAGUUUCCAUAGCAAACCUAUACACUACAACUGCAGAAAGUAAUCGCGAAUUCAACAUUAUUUUAACAGCAAUGUAAAAAAAUCUCAGUAGUAUUCAGAGAAGAAUUCUCUGAGCAACGUAAUAUGACCAGUGUUCGAACUUUAACGGUAGACCCAUAGACAAUCACCAUGGGAAAUAGCGCAGGUCUAUGGGAAUCAUUUACUUCAUAGACCAACUUGUUUGUCAAGUCCUCACCUAUGCUUUAAUAUUCAAAUAAGGUACUGGG